AUGGCAUCUUCGUCUCAAUUCAAACAACUCGAGAAAUUGGGCAACGGUACAUACGCUACCGUUUACAAGGGCCUGAACAAAACGACAGGCGUGUAUGUGGCUCUCAAAGAGGUCAAGCUCGAUUCUGAGGAAGGCACACCCUCGACCGCCGUGCGUGAAAUUUCGCUCAUGAAAGAGCUGAAGCACGAAAACAUCGUUAGACUUUACGACGUGAUUCACACGGAGAACAAGCUGACGUUGGUGUUCGAGUUCAUGGACAACGACCUCAAAAAAUACAUGGAUUCACGUAUAGUGGGCAACACACCUUAUGGGUUCGAAAUGAGUCUUGUGAAAUACUUUGAGUGGCAGCUGUUACAGGGCGUGGCUUUCUGCCACGAAAAUCGGAUUUUGCAUCGUGACUUAAAACCACAAAACCUGCUCAUCAAUAACAAGGGCCAGCUAAAGCUGGGGGAUUUCGGUUUGGCAAGAGCGUUUGGAAUCCCAGUUAACACUUUUUCCAGUGAAGUCGUAACUCUAUGGUAUCGUGCACCCGAUGUUCUCAUGGGGUCCCGCACUUAUUCCACAUCAAUCGACAUCUGGUCGUGUGGGUGCAUUUUGGCAGAAAUGAUCACGGGCAGGCCACUUUUCCCUGGUACAAACGAUGAAGAGCAGUUGAAACUGAUCUUCGAAACUAUGGGUACUCCCUCCGAACGCACCUGGCCAGGAAUCUCCAACCUGCCCAAAUAUAAUGCUCAACAUCCUCAGCACUUGCCCAAAGAUCUGGGUGCGCUUUUGCAAAGCCAAACUCGUGAGAAAAUGGACCUGGCACUGAUCGACCUACUUUACGGCCUCUUGCAACUGAAUCCGGACCGUAGACUAAGUGCCAAGCAAGCUUUAAAUCACCCUUGGUUUGCGGAAUACUACCAAUAG